CUGUGAUGUUAUUUUGGAGUGGCGCUGUGUUGUGGAAUUCAGAAAUAAAACAGAUGUUUCAGUAGUUCUCAAGUUUUAGAGCAGAGACACAGAUCUUUACCGUGAAGCUGCAUCUAAACCAAACUGUGAAUUGUGGGCUGUGGCACUUGGAGAAGCAAACUCAGAAUAAAACUCAGCAGCUCCAGAGGUUGAUCAUGGAAAUUAAAGAGGAGAGAACAUCAGAUGAGGCACAGCACUUUCUUCCUGCAACACAGGCAGACAAUCUUAGGGAGCCUCCGUUUACAAGUAUCCAGAGGAUUGCGAAUGAGUCAAAGCUGGAGUUUGUCCUUGCAUGCAAGGAUCUAGUGGCUACUGCCCGUGAUCGGAAGCUGAAUACAUUUGUACAGAUCUCAGUAGUACAUCCAGCAGAACAGACUUUGACGAGAUAUUCAAGCACUGAAAUUGUGGAGGGAACAAGAGACCCACUGUUUUUGACUGGUGUGACAUUCCCACCGGAAUAUCCUAUCUAUGAAGAGACUAAAAUAAAACUAACCGUCUAUGAUGUCAAAGAUAAAUCUCAGGACACAGUCCGCACCCGUGUCCUGUCUGAACACAAGGAGCCAAGAACAGAUGUCGGGCGAAACUUUCUGGGCUUGACUACUUUUAAAGUAGGAGACUUGGUGAAGUCAAAGGAACAACAGUUGACCCUUACCCUGAGAACUUCUGAUGGUGGAAAGACAGUUGGUACCAUAGACGUCAGCUUUGUGAAGAUGGGGGAGAUAGAGAAGGGGGAAGUAGACCACAUCACAACAGAUGUGCAGGGACAAAAGUGUGCACUGGUGUGUGAAUGUACAGCACCUGAAGGCAUAAGUGGUAAAGACAGCUUACCUCUAUUAAAUGCAGUGUUAAAAAACCCAAUCUGUAAAUUAUACAGAUUUCCCACUUCUGACAACAAGUGGCUGCAUAUCCGAGAACAGAUGUCUGAGAGCACUCUUUCUUUCCAUGUUCCCAAGGAAUUGAUCAAUCUGAACAUAAAGGAGGAUAUGAGAAGGAAUCAGGACCUAAAAGAGCUAGGAGAACUUGCUCCACAUUGGGACAAUAUGCGUAAAAAUGUUAUUGCACACUGUGAACAGAUGCUGAACAUGUACCAGGACACUCUUGCAGAUCUUGGGAAACAUACAGGAUCUUCUUUCAAAUCAAGCUGUAGUAAAGGAGAAAAGACACUAGAAUUUGUUCCAAUAAAUCUCCAUCUGCAGAGAAUGCAUGUGCACAGUCCUCGGUUGAAAGAUGCUUUGUAUGAUGUCAUCACAGUGGGAGCCCCUGCAGCACAUUAUCAGGGAUUUAAGAAUGGUGGUCUUCGGAAACUGUUGAGUAAAUUUGAGGCAGAAAGGCGAAAUACUGGAUACCAGUGUAUUUACUAUUCACCUGAAAACACAGCCAAGGCAAAAGAAGUUCUCAGCAACAUCAAUCAUCUACAGCCCCUCAUAUCAAGCCAUGCAGACCAGCUGCUUAAUUCUGCAAGCCUGCAUUCUACAGACAGCUUGAAGAAUUCUUUAAAGAUGCUUUCAGAAAAAACAGAGUUAUUUGUGCAUGCCUUCAAGGAUCAGCUGGUCAGAAGUGCCCUUUUAGCGCUAUACACUGCCCGUCCAGGUUGUGUCCUCAAGAAGCCAACUAUCCCCAGAAACAGUGUGGAAGGGUGUGGUGAUCAACAGGGUCAGGACCAUCCAGCUCAGAUCAAACGGCAGAACUCUAUACCUCACCAUUCAGAAUAUGAUGAAGAAGAGUGGGAUAGGGUGUGGACCAAUGUGGGGAAGAGUUUAAACUGCAUUAUUGCAAUGGUGGACAGACUGCUUGAAAAAGACAACAGCAGCAGUGGCAUUAAGGAAAGUGAAAAUGACCCUUCAUCUGCAGAUCGCAUGGUAUCACAUACAAGUGGUGACUGGUAUGAGCAGCUUUAUCCCCUCAUAAUUACACUCAAAGACUGCAUGGGAGAGGUGGUGACCAGGGCAAAGCAAUCAAUGACUUUUGUUCUACUUCAGGAACUUGCAUGUGGCUUGCCACAGCGUUUAAUGCUGACCCUACGAAGAGACAUCGUCUUUAGUCAAGCACUUGCUGGAUUGGUCUGUGGGUUUAUAAUCAAAUUGCACACAAGUUUACGUGAUCAAGGCUUCCUACAGCAGCUUCAUACUGUUGGGUUAAUUGUUCAAUAUGAAGGACUUCUCAGCACGUAUAGUGAGGAAAUUGGGAUGCUAGAAGAUAUGGCUGUGGGCAUUUCAGAUUUACAGAAAGUAACGUUUAAAAUAAUUGAAGCCAAAUCUAAUGACUUCUUGCCUGUAAUAACUGGAAGGCGUGAACAUUAUGUAAUAGAGGUCAAGCUUCCAGCAAAGAUGUUUGAGUUGCUGCCACAAGAGAUCAAAGAAGGAAAGCAGCUGCAUGUGUACCCAGUCCUCUUUAAUGUUGGAAUCAAUGAACAGCAAACACUUGCAGAGAGGUUUGGAGAUACCACUUUGCAAGAAAGUGUUAACCAGGAAAAUUUUGAACUUCUUAAAGAAUAUUACAAAUUGUUUACUGAAAAAAUGCCUCCUGAUUGCCUACCACAUUUUCAAGAACAGAAUGACCUAAAGGGAUUACUAGAAAAUCUCCAUCAAAAUAUCCAGGCUAAAAAAAGAAAGAAUGUAGAAAUCAUGUGGGUGGCUGCAACGAUUUGCCGCAAGCUAAAUGGAAUCCGUUUCACUUGUUGCAAAAGUGCCAAAGACAGGACAUCCAUGUCAGUGACACUAGAACAGUGCUCAAUCUUGAGAGAUGAACAUCAACUGCAUAAGGACUUCUUUAUCCGGGCACUGGAUUGUAUGAGAAGAGAAGGAUGCCGCAUAGAGAAUGUACUGAAGAAUAUCAAAUGCAGAAAGUAUGCAUUCAACAUGAUACAGCUGAUGGCUUUCCCAAAGUACUACAGACCACCAGAGGGGACAUAUGGAAAAACUGAUACCUAAGUUUAUAAUGUAAUGAGAAACACACAUCUGUGCUAAUUAGAUAAUAUAAAAAUUGCUGUUUGUGUGUCAUGAAUUGGGAGUGUGUAACAAAACUAGGAGUUAUCUUGGUCAGCUAUCAGUGGAUCUAUUUUAAAUUAAAGUAACUGUAGUCCGUUACUAUGAAAGAAAACCUCAAUUAUUGUCUGAUUAAUGCUUGAGUGUUCUCAAAACCAAGUAUAUACAGCCCUCAAUGCUAGGCUGUAAUUUAACCAGAUUCCGUAAAGUAGUGGAGUUGGGCCUCAUAAGUAGCUUGAUGGAAGACCAAAAAGGAAAAUGCAGAUUGCUGCAGGAAUUGAUGUUAGUGAGUCCAUAGGGGGACACUGUGAGUCUGUACUGGUGCUAUACCUGAGCACUGUGUGUGAAGUGGCAGCAUCCUGCUGGAGGUGAUGUCUUCUGCAUCAGGCGUAAAACAGAGAUCUUGGUCCCUUGUGGUCAAAGACCACCUUGCAUUCUUUGCAAGGCAUGUUAAUCUCGGUCUGUUGGCCAAAUUUAAAUUUGGUAAUUACAUUCUGCUUCUCUAUAGAAGCUUGGUAAUUGCAGAUUGUAAUUUGAAGUUUGGUAAUUACAUAAUGUAAUUUUAGUAACUACAGUUUGUAAUUUGGUAAUUGCAUUCUGCCUCUCUGCAGUUUCGGUUGGAUGUAUUAUGCAUGGCAUUCUAUGCUAGAGUCAAAUCCUACUCAUUUUAUUUAUUUGUUAGUCUCAGUAGAGUCAGAGGGAUUACUGGUGUGAGUAAAGUGACCCACAUUUGCCCCUUAGACUUUACUGAGUGUUUCUAUGCUUCAUUUUGGUACUGGGUGAUGUGAUUCCUAUGUAUUAGAGGCAACAUAGCUCUUUAGGAUGGAAUUACUUACAUGUACAGUUUUGUUAAUUUUUAUACAGCACAGAGCCCAACAUAAGCAUAA